AUGGACAACAACUGGCAUCUGGACCUGGACAGCAUCAUCAGCGAGGUCAAGGCCCAGUAUGAGGAGAUCACCCAGGGGAGCAAGGCUGAGGCUAAGAGGCUGUACCGGGUCAAGCUUGGGAGGCUGCAGACUAUAGCCAGCUGGUACGGCGUUGACUUGAGGAACACCAAGAAUGAGAUUGCAGAGCUCAAAAGGAUGGUCCAGAGGCUGUGGGCAAAGAUUGAGGGCACCAAGAAGCAGAAUACCAGCCUUAUCUCCUGUGUGACUACCAGAGCUGAUGAACGUCAUAUUGGCAUUGGAUGUGGAGAUUGCCACCUACAGAAGAUGCUGGGUGGCGAGGAGUGCAGGUGUGUGGGGACUCUGGCCAAGUACAUCAUUGGCAAAGGAAGAAGGUUGGGGUCAGCUAUCGGCCAGGGUGGCAUCCAGGAGGUGACCAUCAACCAGAGCCUCCUUCAGUCCCUGAACAUGGGAAUCGACCCUCUAGAUCAGGAGGGUGAAGACCAAGAGAAGCAGCAAAUCAAGAUGUUCAAUGACAAGGUUGCUUCCUUCAUCGACAAGGUGUGGUUCCUGGAGCAGCAGAACAAGGUCCUCGAGACCAAGUGGACCCUCCUUCAGGAGCAGGGCUCCAGUUCUAAUAGCAAUGACAACAACCUUGAGCCUUUUUUUGAGAACUACAUCAGUAGCCUCAAGGCCUUCCUGGAUGGGCUGCACACGGAGAAGGACAAGCUGGAGGGUGAGCUGAGGAGCAGGGAGGAGACGGUGGAAGACUUCAAGAAGAGGUAUGAAGAAGAGAUCAACAAACGCACGGCUGCAGAGAAUGACUUCGUGGUCUUGAAGAAGGAUGUCGAUGUUACCUACAUGACCAAAGUGGAACUGGAGGCCAAGGUGGAGACUGUGACAGAUGAGAUCAACUUCCUGAAGGCCCUCUAUGAUGCCGUGAGUGUGCUUUUCACCUCCGCAGACACCAGCGACACGUCUGUGGUCCUGUCCAUGGACAACAACCGCUGCCUGGACCUGGACAGCAUCAUUGCUGAGGUCCGUGCACAGUAUGAGGCGAUUGCCCAGAGGAGUAAGGCAGAGGCCGAGGUGCUCUACCAGACCAAGUUGGGGGAGCUGCAGACCAUGACCGGCAGGCAUGGAGAUGACCUGAAGAACACCAAGAGCGAGAUCUCUGAGCUCAACAGAAUGAUCCAGAAGCUGCGGGCCGAGAUCGAGAGUGCCAAGAAGCAGAAUGCCAACCUGCAGACGGCCAUCACUGAUGCAGAGCAGGGCGGGGAGCUGGCCCUCAGGGACACCAAUGCCAAGCUUUAAGACCUCAAGGCUGCCCUGCAGCAGGCCAAGGAGGACCUGGCCAGGCUGCUCUGGGAGUACCAGGAGCUGAUGAAUGUCAAGCUGGCCCUGGACAUUGAGAUUGCCACCUACCGGACCCUCCUGGAGGGCGAGGAGUGCAGGAUGUCUGGCGAGUGCCAGAGUUCUGUUAGCAUCGAGAUGGUACACAACACCAGCAGCAGAGGCGAUAGCGGCUGUGCCCAGGGAGGGGCCGCCCUGGAAGGCAGAGCUGGGACCCACAGGGGCCUGGGCUCCGGAGGGGGCUCGGUGGUACGCGGGGGCUUCUCUAGUUCGGGGGGCUCAUGUGUCAUCAGUGGGGGUGGCAGGAACAGCCCCCGCCAGGUCUUGCAAAGUUCCUCCCAGAGCUGGCGGUCCCACCACAAAUUCUGA